UGAUGCUUUUGUAUUGGUCUAUAGGAUGAGUUUAUCAAUAUAAAGAUACUGUAGACGAGAUUAUAUUUCCUUUGCUGGGUAGCUUGUUUUGUGUAAGUCCUUAAACUCAACUGAGACCAAUCCUUGAACCACAAGAUGGGCAGGGAGGACAGAGCUACUUGGAAGAGUAAUUAUUUCAUGAAGUUAGUGCAACUUCUGGAUGAAUACCCAAAAUGUUUCAUUGUUGGAGUGGACAAUGUUGGAUCUCGCCAGAUGCAGCAGAUACGGCAUUCUUUAAGGCAGUCUGCUGUUGUAUUGAUGGGUAAAAACACCAUGAUUCGUAAAGCCAUUCGUGGACAUCUUGAGAACAAUUCAGCACUUGAGAAGAUCUUGCCACACAUUAAAGGAAAUGUAGGAUUUGUCUUUACCAAGGAGGACCUGAUUGAAGUGAGAGACAGGAUAUUGGAUAACAAGGUUAAAGCCCCUGCUAAAGCUGGAUCCCUUGCUCCUUGUGAUGUGAAGAUUCCUCCUCAGAACACUGGACUCGGGCCUGAGAAAACUUCUUUUUUCCAAGCCCUUCAGAUCCCAACCAAGAUUUCCAAAGGAACAAUUGAAAUUCUGAAUGAGAUCCAUUUGAUUAAGAAAGAUGAUAAAGUUGGUGCAUCUGAGGCAACAUUGUUAAAUAUGUUAAACAUUUCUCCCUUCACAUUUGGUCUUGUCAUUAACCAAGUUUAUGACUCUGGGACUGUUUUUUCUCCUGCUAUUCUGGACAUUACUCCAGAAGACUUGAGAGCCAAAUUUCUGGAGGGUGUAAGGAAUGUGGCUGCUGUGAGUCUACAGAUCGGCUACCCCACCAUUGCAUCUGUCCCACAUUCUAUCGUGAGGGGUUUGAAGAAUUUGAUUGCCAUUGCUGUAGAAACUGACAUCACAUUUAAGGAAGCUGAAAUGGCAAAAGAAUAUAUAAAAGAUCCUUCCAAGUUUGCUUCAACCACUGCAGCUGAAACUGUUGCCACUACAACAGCUGAAGCAGCACCAAAAGCAGCAGAAAAAGAAGAGUCGGAAGAAUCUGAAGAUGAUGACAUGGGCUUUGGUCUCUUUGACUGAAGUUCACAUCUUUUUGUGUUAAAACAAAUCAUUACUGAUUGAAUUUUCAUGUAGCUUGUAAACGCUGCUACUGGAAAAAUAAUAAAAUUGUGUUUGUUACACAUAGUGCAUAA